AUUUAAGGUUGUGGUUCUAUCUUCUUUUUAUUUUGUUUUGUAGUGGUUUGUUUCUAUCCAUUUUCUCGGCUACCAAGCAGAAUGUUAUUCAUUGUUUCUAGACUUUUUCUCUUAUCUACCCAGUUUUUGACACAGUUGGUUAUUAUCUUUUCUCAAGUGAUCUCUGUUUUUUAUUCGAAUAUUCGUGUUAUUGGUUGACGUAGUACAAAUAUUUACAAGAGGUUCUGAUUUUCCCUCACUUUCUCAGCAGCUAAAUAGAUAGCUUUUUUCUUUAAGUUAUUGAUUGAAUUAAGUUCUUUAACGAUCGGUUUUGUUCUGGUUUGAUUCAGUGCAAUCUUUUGAGUUUUGACAUAUGGACAGCACCGGAAGUGAUUCUUUUCUGAGGAACAGAAGGUUUGAUAAUUUCUUCAACACAAGUUCUGAGCCUCAUGUGAAACAACCACCAAAAAUUCCAGUGAAACAAGUUGAACACAGGCCGCCGCGAACGAAUAAAGAAUGUGUUGAUAGUGAUGAUGAUGAUGGUGGAUGGUUCUGUGUGUUGAUAUCUUGGGUAAGAAUUGUCACUUGUUUUGUGACAAUGAUGGUCACAACCUUCAUCUGGGCACUGAUUAUGGUUCUGCUAUUACCUUGGCCUUAUAAGAGGAUUAGGCAAGGCAAUGUUUAUGGACAUGUUACUGGUAGAUUAUUGAUGUGGAUCUUGGGGAAUCCAAUAAAGAUUGAAGGUACUGAAUUCUCUAAUGAAAGGGCGAUAUACAUCAGUAAUCAUGCAUCUCCAAUAGACAUCUUCCUUAUAAUGUGGUUGACUCCCACGGGCACUGUUGGCAUUGCAAAGAAAGAGAUCAUAUGGUACCCUCUGUUUGGGCAACUUUAUGUUUUGGCCAAACAUAUCCGUAUAGAUCGCUCCAACCCCUCUGCAGCCAUUAAGUCAAUGAAAGAGGCAGCUCGUGCAGUUGUCGAAAACAAACUCUCUUUGAUCAUUUUUCCUGAGGGUACCAGGUCCAAAAACGGACGACUUCUUCCCUUCAAAAAGGGUUUUAUUCAUCUGGCACUGCAAUCCCGCCUCCCAAUAGUUCCAAUGGUCCUAACUGGUACUCAUCGGGCAUGGAGAAAUGGCAGUUUACAUGUUCGACCAACACCUAUUACCGUAAAGUAUCUCCCUCGAAUAAGUACCACUGAUUGGACAGCCAACAAGGUUGAUGACUACAUGACAAUGCUACGUGACAUAUACGUCAAAAACCUUCCUGAGCCUCAAAAGCCUCUUGUACAGGAAGGCACCAUAACUGGUUCCAAUUCUUAGCUCAGGUUUUUCUCUCCUGGGAUGAUACCCCUUGUUAAAAGCAAUUAUAAUCAUAGUCGAAUAGAUUAGCAGCGGUACCGAUGUAUCAUACUGCCGAUGCUCUUGCCGAAUAGUCUUUGUUCUAUAUAAAGCAUUCAUUUAUCCCAAUCAAUGGAGGAUGGUUCUUAUUUUCAUUAAAAUUUGUAGAGACUGUCAAAAUUAGAAGGGUCAGUUUCAGGACCUUGAAUGUCUUGUUUCUGUCAGUUUCUUGUUUACAUUAUUGUAUGAAUAUUAAAUAUUAAAUUA